AUGGGUCAUGACGUAUGUGAAUCGUUUUCACCGGGCCCAGGAAUAAACGUGGGCAAAGAAUUAUGGGAAAGGCUGAUAACUGGUAAAAUAAGCGAGGAGCGCAUCGCAAAGUACGAAAACAAUUGGAUUAAAAAGCUAGCGAAACUCGACGAGGAACAUACGCUCAAGAAGAAACUCUGCAUUCAGGAAGCUGAACCCACGUUAAGAAAGCUCGAGGAUUUUGCAGUUGGUGGUACACCUCUUCCCUGCCCGGAACACCGAAAACGAGUGUUGUCAUGUCUGGCAAAGAAUGAAGGCAAAACAAUGCAGUGCAGCGACUUGGUAGAGUCAUUUGCAAACUGCGUGGACGAGUUGCUAUCGAAGAGUUGCCGAGAAGAUAACCGUGAGCCUUGCUCAAAGAAGCUCUCUUACGCCGAGAAGUUCGCCAGCAACUUUAGCUGUAAUUAA